GGUGAUUCAGUUGUGCCACGGGGGUGCACACGAUCGGUGGUAGCAACCUUUCUGAUUUCCUUCUCUUCUGCAGCAGAAAGCGAAUGCAAGUAUCACAUCGGAAAAGUUUUUUGAAAAAGAAGAAACUAUUUUCCGUGAUGUAUCUAUCUGACACAUCGAAAUAAAGGAAUGCUGCGAAGUUAAAAUAUUAGUAUAGAAAGAAUAUCGCAAGUAUUAUGAAACAUAACAAAGUGGCACGAUGCUAAGUCCGACUCGGCCAAUCGAUCGUUCCGGUCUGCAUCCUGGCACAGGAUACCUCAUCGCGCCGCAGGUACCCCAUGGUCUUGCGGCGGUGGUCGAAGGUCUCACGAGGGAAGUCCUGCGUCAUCGUCCCGAGGACAUAUACGUUUUUGCAGCCCGUCACUUUGAGAAGCUUCUGAAGCUGCGAGAGGAGUAUCAUGCGGAGGAAUAUAACGAUCGAGCGUUCAGUCAUGAAUUCAGUUACGAUUUUAAUUUGUGGCCCACCAAAGAGACCAAACAUAUCAGAAAACUUUCGAACGGUGGUUGGUCCCUGGAGAGGGAAAUCGAAAUUCUCGAAAAACGCGGACGAUUAUCCGCUGACGUCGAGGAAAGCCCAGAAGACGUCUCUACCGACAGAGAAAGUCGGAAAGCAAAGCAGACAUCCUCGAGAAAUCUCGCGACCACGAAAACUUUGAAGAAAUCGAAAGACAAUGAGACGACGUCGGACGCUCGCGCGACGAGAAUCAUCUCGCAGAUGACCGGUCUUCAUGGUCCCGGUAAAAAUAUCCAGACCAAGGAUAUCAAGCAAGAACUCAGGAAGAAUAAAUUGAGCGGUGAAAAAUCGAAAGCAACCGACAGUAUAGAGAAAGGAAUUCGAGGUGAUAGACGAUCCAGGACGAGAGUUUCUAAGACAGAUAAAGGUUCUGAAGAGAAGAUCGAACGUACUACGACGACGACGACGACGACGACGGCGGCGACGACGACGACGACGGCGGCGACGACGACGACGACAAGUUCGAAUAGAACUUCUGCACGAAGAUCCCUGAAGAAGGUGCGCCGAAUUGAGACCGAAUCCGAGACCGAAACGGAGCGUGAAAUCGCGGUCAAUGGAUUUGAGAAUAGACACACAAGAGCGAGCAUUAAAAAUGACAGUACGAGCCGCGAGACAAUUGCUCAAACCGGAAAUAAAGAAAGAAGACAGGAAGCGCAGUUCUCCGAACAUUCCUCCGAGAGGAAAGUAUCGUCGAGAGCUCUCAGCAUGGAUCGCAUCAGAGCGUACGUAUUACGUAAAUUUGCGAGCACCGCAAGUUUGGAAGUGCUGCGAUCACCUACGUACGUGGAGCAGGUGCAGGAGGUGAUCGAUCGUGCGGCGCCGAUCAUCAAAAAGAAGCUGGAGGAGAUCGGGAAACCUCGAGGGAAGCGUUCGAGGUCAAUCGAUCUCGCUUGGAACGAGGAAUCGCUUCGUCGACACGUUCGAGAUGAAAGAAGACGCGGCGAGGAAGAGGAAAGCGAAAGGGAAAAGAAUGAAAACAGACUGGAGCGGAAAGAGAAGAAAGAAGAGAUGGAAGGCACUCUCAAAAGAGAGGAAACUAUUCCGGAAUACGUAGAAAGAGAGAAGAAAAAAUCAAAGAGGCGCAGCGUGGGAUCAGGUAAAAGAUCGAGGAGACGUGAAAGCGGUGACUUCGGAGUCGUCGAUCAAGUCGACGACAAUUCGAAGCAUAGCGAUAAAUUGGAGCACGAAUCCGUUGCAGCACGCGAUACUUUGGAGGCUAGACUGACUGCUACACAGAACAUUCUGGAAGGUAUCUCGAAGUCGACGUCCGAAUUGGGUGGUGGUCGUAAGAGCGAUUCUGCCGGAAGUGAAUCAUCGGAAUUGGAGAUCUCUGAUCACGUGAACAUCGUUUCCCUGCCGGUCGUGAGACCGCCGUCCUCCAGAAGUACUAGGAGUGCUGUUAAAAACGGUUCAGACAACCUUACGCUGCCACCUAUUUCACCGGAAGCUCCCAAGUCGACGAAGAAGAAAGACGAGUUGUCCUUGCCAAUUCUGUCAGCGGCGGCCACCAACGGCAAUCAUUCUACCAAGAAACAGCAGGAGGACAUUUCGAGAGAUGCGGAAGAAGCCUCUACGAUGCAUGACAUUACGAGUGAUAUAGAAGAUAUAGCAGUCCUUCCUGAAAACGGUCACGAAGAUGUGAUCGCAGACAUAGAACAGAAUCCUAACGAUGAACAAUAUUUGACGUCAGACAUGAGAUUAAUCGAAGAACAUGGAAAAGAUGAAGAUAAAGUUUUUCGGGAAGAUAUCUCGGUAAAACUUGAUGAGAAACGCAGAAGUCUCGAGGAAUUUGAGGAAUUGGAACAAUUGGAGGAAGGAAGAAAAUUGGAAGUCUUCAGAGAUAGCUUAAAUGUCACACCGGAAAUGCUGGAUAUACCGCUAAGGCCAGACUCGUUGGAGCCCGAUGAGGAUGAAGGCAAACUUCAAAAUGGAAACGCGGAUCUUGCACGAGAAAACACGGUCGAUAGGUUAAAAGAUAAGUUGAUCGAGAUCGAGAUGGCGGAACGAAAUAUUGAGAAAGCAUUGGCUUGCCAACAAGUCGUGACGUGUGACACUGGCGAAAUGACGAGCCAAGUGGAAAAGUCGAUGACUGACGGGAAGAUAAAUGAAGCGGGAGAGCGGACUAAUGAGGCGGAAGAGACUAUGAAUGAGACAGAAAAGUCAACAGGCGCGGGAAAAAUAUCGGUAAAUAAAGACGAUGAAGAAAAGAACAACGAAGAGAAAAGAAAAUCGAAUGAUGUAGAAGAGAUAAAAGAUAUAGAAGAAAAUAAAACAGAAAAUUUAAAUAUAGAAAAAAAAUUAACAAAUAAAACAGAACAAGUAAAGAGAGAAAUAUUAAAGAACGAAGUAAAAACAGCAAGUGAUCAAACAGAGACGAUGACAAAAGCAAUAGAAAACGUAAUAAAAUCGGAAGACGAGAGAUCGACUGACAAAAUUGAAAAAUCGACGAACGGAAAAUUGCCAAAUGGUAUAGAAGAAUUAGCAGUUAAAGUUCAAGUCGAAAAUCUACAAUCUAUAAAUUCAAGAUCACAUGACAAAGUUUCUCAGGUCACUGAAACGAUUGUUUCUGAAACAGAUGAUGGUACAACGAACAAAGAAUCAAAGAGUAAAGCAGAAGAUGCGGCAAAUGGAGAAAGCACAAGCUCCGAGAAUGUUACAAUGCUCAAUAGCGAAAUCUCAAUAACAAAUCUUCCGAAAGAAAAUGCUAAGACGAAAGCGCGAAAAAAACGCGAUAUUGACAAAUUACCAGUGACGACACCGCUCUCUUUAGAAGUUCCAUUCUCUUAUGUUCUCAGUGAAGCUUCUCCCUGCGAAAUUCCUGAUUCCGUGACGACCGUGAUUAUCCCAGACAGACCGUGUCCUUCUCCUGUUAUUUUAGAGGAAGAGAAUUUAUUUGAUACAACAAAGAAUCGAAGAGAUGAAUCAAUCACACGCUUCGACAUAGCUAAGGAAACCUCCAAUGAUGAGAGACAAGAAGAGAAUCAGCAUGAAUGUGGCAUGGAAGCUUUCGGGGAAUAUAUUCGACCGGAUGCCACCGGUCUAUCAAUUGAUAUCGAUUUUAUGCGUAAUGUAAAAGAACUAAAACUAAAUCAGGAUAUAAUCCAUCAGAACUUGGACGGAAUCAAGGAAGAAGGUGAAGAGGAAGAAGAAAAAGAAGACAAUGAGAAAACAAAAGUAGAAGAUUAUCAAGAGAAGAAAGAUAAUAAAGAAGCAGAGGAAGAAAUGAAGACACAUGCAACACUGGAAGAUAUCGUGGAAGAGAGUGAAGAAACUAAUAUAAAGGCGGUUGAAUCUAAGGAAAUUUCUGAGGAAAUUUCUUCUUCUCGCAUUCUUGAGAAUGAAUCUAUGCCCAAUAAUAAGGAUUUAAUUGUCAGUUCUGAUGUGACAGACGAAGGAAAAACAGAUGUAGUAGAUUUGAGAAACACGCUGGAGAAUUCAUCGGAAGAGAGCGGAAGUACGCAGGAGACUCAUACAACUACGUCGAGCGACUUAAAAGAGAGUAUCGCCAGCAACGAAUCGAUCGAGAGUCCGAGUUUGAGUAGACCAGUAGUACCGGAGUUAAAUCUGGAUUCGCUCCAGGAUAAUACGGUGUCGUCUUUCAAGAUGACGGCAAAUGAAACGGAGAAGGAGGACAACAGCAGUCUUAGGGAAAGCGAUGCCACAACGUCCUUGAUCGAACCGUUGACUUCGGAUGAGAGAUUGAUGAAUCAAUUGAUCUUAGCCGAUCACGAAGAAGAAGUUGUCGCUGAAAAAUUGACAGAAAGAGAUCUGCAGUCAGAAGUUCCCGAGGCUGACCAAUUAUAUCAAGCGGAACAUGCGAAAUAUAAAUUGCUAGAAGAGGAUCCGUUGUCUACGGAAAUUAAUUUGGAAGAUGAAGCAAAAUCUCAGGGGGACAAUAUUGAUUUGAAAGCUUUAUCAGAAAAUAUUGUACAAGCUGAUCUGGAGAAAACAGAGGGAGAAGAAUUAGGCAGCGAGGAAGAGAUCGCGAAAGAAUUGAUAAGCUUAUUGGAUAAAGAUAUGAAACUUCGCGCUGAAGAAUCAGAUUUGCAGAAGGAAUCUAAAGAUAGUGAAGUAUCUGAGAGAAGUAAUUUAGGUAUAGAUGGCAAGUCUAAUCAGCCAUUUUCGGCAUCUAUUCAUUCAACUUCAGCUGAACAAGAAGAGGAAAAACAUGAAGACUUUUUACCUGAAAUAGAUGAAGUUACAAGGACUGAAAUGAUUAGCAAAUUAUCAGAUGAUGAUUCAGAUAUCAGGCAGGAUAAUAAGGAUAAAGAUAUGACAAUAGAUAGAGAAACUGAAGAAAUACAAUCAGCAAUGCCAAAGGAAGAAUUCACAAAGAGUUUACAAGUCGCACCUCUAGCACAAUUUGAACAAGAUGAAUUGUUAGAUGAAAAUGGUAAAGUUGAGAUAAUUGAUAAAAGAAUUACAGUAAAAAGAGAGCUUAAUGCAAAUGACAUCAAUAUUCAAGAAAAAUUUGACGAUAAACAAAUAAGUUUCGAGAAUGCUAAUGAGAGCCAAAGCAGUGAACAUAAAAUUGAAGAAGUAAACCAAAAAUGGAUAGAAAAUGAACAAGAAGAGAAAUCUCCAAGUCAAGAGAAACGCGAGCAAGAAAAAUUAGAAAUACACGAAGAAUGCAAGCAAAAAAAAUUAGACGUUCAAGAAGAAAAAUUAAAAAUUCAAGAGAAAGAUGAUCGAGGAAAUAUAAGGGUGGAGGAAGAAAUUGUAGAGACGAGAACACUGCCUUUAGAAGUAACAGAAUCAGAAAAAGACUUGAUGAAAGAAAAAGACUCGAUGAAAAAUGAUGAUGGACACGAAGAGAUUAGAUCAAAUACACAUAGCGAAUCCAUCACUGACGAUCAAACAGAAAAAGAUAUGAAAAAUGAGGAGAAAGAGAAAAUUGAAGAUCUCUCAAUGAAAAUAGAAAGUGUCCAUGGGCCAAUUACAAACGCAAUAUCGGAACAAUCAACGGAAGAUCGUCCUUCAUUUAAAAAUUGGACCGUAGGAACGAAAUCAUCGACCGUAGAAACAGUGAUCGAAGCUUUCGGUUCUGAUACAAGUGCAGAUGAGAAGAUGGAGGUUGCUGCUGAUGCACCAGAAAUCAUCGCGGAUGAAUCGCUUAUUCGGGAGAAAGACAAUUUCUAUUCGGCAGUUGUAAAAAUCCAGGCUUGUAUUCGAGGAUUUUUAGCGCGUCGCCGCAUGCGCCAAACUUUGAACUCAAAACUCGUUUUGGAUGACACUUCUUCGACGCAAAAAAUAACUACGAGCGAUCGUCUGGUCGUGCCUCAGGAUACUUCAAAUCUGAGAGAAGCCAGACGUCUUCGACGAGAAGAAGCUCUGAAGAACACGACACUCUCAUUGGAAAAUGCCUUCGCAACGGGUCGACUUCAACAUACCGGGGAGUUUCACGAUUCUGUACCGCUGCCUCUUUUCGAUCUGACAACAACCAAUAAAACUAAUUCAAUCACAUCGAACGAAUGUUCCAGUGAAGAAAUUGAAAAGGAUGUGAAAGACGUUGAUCAACCUGAUAUUGCAAAGUCUAAUGUCGAUCAGAACGAAUCUACUCGCAAUGACGAACAUGGGGCGAGCUUUCAUAAAAACAACACUUUUAUUGAUCCCACCAUUCCAAUCAUGAUGCAUCUGCUAGCGGAUGCGUCCCGCCAUUUCACAGUCCGCCAGAAUUCUCAUUCUGAUUUUAAUGCGAAUACUGAAGGAGCAAAAUCUGUGGAACCGACCGUGGACAUCCUGAUGCUGGGCUAUCCGAGAAAUGACGAGAACCAAUACCUGAACUUUAUAACCAGCGUUGAGGACCUGGGCUCCAAUAUGGAUUCUUUAACUAUGAACAAUAUGAUGAAGAGCACAAAAAAUACCGACGACGCUCAUCUCUCGACGAUUUCCGGUGAGGGUAGCCUCAGAGAGCCUUUGGCUCUUCCAGGAAUUUCUCAGGGCGUCGUGAUCGAAGAGGUGACCAGCUUAGACGAUUUCCCAUCGGAAUCGACGAAACUGUCAACCGUACCGAAGACCUCGCUGGAUACAAAUAGCUCGAUGCAGUCCGAAGAAUGUGCCGUCCGUGAGGACGCAAAGAAUAAUUUAGGGAUGCCGCUGAGGACCACGGAUGCAGUGGAAGAUGUGAAACAAACAGACCAAGAAGCCGAAGAACAAAAGUCCGAUCUUGGCAACAUCGGAGAGAACAAUUUGCUUAAUGAGGAUAUAAAUGAAAAAUCUAAUGAAAUCUGCUGCGACAACGGUGAACACGUGGAAAAAGAGAAGAACGAUAAGAUAUGAAUCACAAAUCCGUGGAAACGUAUGGGCUGAUGACGUAGAAUAGAAGUUGCGGUCUAUGUGAUUAAUUAGUUCCUUCGAUUAGGAUCGUCGCUUGUGUGUGAGACGAUGAUUAUAAUUUCAUUGCACAUUAUUUUAGUAUAUUUUUAUAGAGACUCUUGUACUUUA